AUGGCCUUUUCUCUUUCUUUCUUUCUUUCUUUCUUUCUUUUCUUUCUUUCUUUCUUUCUUUUCCUCCCAAACUUUUUUCCUUCUCGCCCUCUCUUUUCUCUUUCUUCUUCUCCUUUCAUAUUUUUCCUGUCAGACAUUAUUUCAGGUGUCUUUCAUUUUAAGUUUCUUUCUCACAGACAGUUUUCAAGUCAGUUUGAGUCAAACUUUCUUUCAAGUCUUUCUGUCAGACAUUCUUUCACGCUUCAUGCUGUCAGACAUUCUUUGAAGUCUCUUUUUGCCAGGCUUAAUUUCGAGUUUAUUUCUGUCAAAUAUUCUUUCAAGUCUCUUUCUGUCAGACUUUAUUCCAAGUCUCUUUCUAUGAAACCUUCUCACAAGUCUCUUCUUCUCUUCUGUCAGAUUUUAUUCCAAGUCUCUUUCUAUGAAACCUUCUCACAAGUCUCUUCUGUCAGACUUUAUUCCAAGUCUCUUUCUAUGAAACCUUCUCACAAGUCUCUUCUACCAACGAUAGGGAGGUCGAAGGAUGAUGAUGAUGACGAUGAUGAUGAUGGUGAUGAUGAUGAUGAUGACGAUGAUGAUGAUGAUGAUGAUGAUGAUGGUGAAGCCCGCUACCAUGACAAGGAACGAUCAUAUUAUAUAUUUUAUACUGAAUGCCGGAUUAUCCUCUUCCGCCUCACCUGCUAUCCUCUUCCGCCUCAUCUGCUAUCCUCUUCUGCCUCACUUGCUAUACUCUUCCGCCUCACCUGCUAUCCUCUUCUGCCUCACCGGCUAUCCUCUUCCGCCUCACCUGCAAUAACCUUCCGCCUCACCUGCUAUCCUCUUCCGCCUCACCUGCAAUACCUUUCCGCCUCACCGGCUAUCCUCUUCCGCCUCACCUGCAAUACCCUUCCGCCUCACCGGCUAUCCUCUUCCGCCUCACCUGCAAUCCUCUUCCGCCUCACUUGCAAUACCUUUCCGCCUCUGCUAUUCCCUUCCGUCUCACCUGCUAUCCUCUUCCGCCUCACCUGCAAUACCCUUCCGCCUCACCUGCUAUCCUCUUCUGCCUCACCUGCUAUCCUCUUCUGCUUCACCUGCUAUUCUCUUCCGCCUCACCUGCUAUACCCUUCCGCCUCACCUGCUAUCCUCUUCCGCCUCACCUGUUAUCCUCUUCUGCUUCACUUGCUAUUUUCUUCCGCCUCACCUGCUAUCCUCUUCCGCCUCACCUGCAAUAACCUUCCACCUCACCGGCUAUCCUCUUCCGCCUCACCUGCAAUCCUCUUCCGCUUCACUUGCAAUACCUUUCCCCCUUGGCUAUUCCCUUCCGUCUCACCUGCUAUCCUCUUCCGCCUCACCUGCAAUACCCUUCCGUCUCACCUGCUAUCCUCUUCCGCCUCACCUGCUCUCCUCUUCUGCUUCACCUGCUAUACCUUUCCGACUCACCUGCUAUCCUCUUCCGCCUCACCGGAUAUCCUCUUCUGCUUCACCUGCUAUUCUCUUCCGCCUCACCUGCUAUACCUUUCCGCCUCACUUGUUAUCCUCUUCCGUCUCACCUACUAUCAUCUUCCGUCUCACCUGCUAUCCUCUUCCGCCUCACUUGCAAUACCUUUCCCCCUUUGCUAUUCCCUUCCGUCUCACCUGCUAUACUCUUCCGCCUCACCUGCAAUACCCUUCCGCCUCACCUGCUAUCCUCUUCCGCCUCACCUGCUCUCCUCUUCUGCUUCACCUGCUAUACCUUUCCGCCUCACCUGCUCUCCUCUUCUGCCUCACUUGCUAUUCUCUUCUGCUUCACCUGCUAUUCUUUUCCGCCUCACCUGCUAUACCCUUCCGCCUCACCUGCUAUCCUCUUCCGCCUCACCUGUUAUUCUCUUCUGCUUCACUUGCUAUUUUCUUCCGCCUCGCCUGCUAUACCUUUCUGCCUCACCUGCUAUCCUCUUCCGCCUCAUCUGCUAUCCUCUUCUGCCUCAUCUGCUAUCCUCUUCCCCCCACCUGCUUUCCUCUUCCGUCUCACCUGCUUUCCUCUUCCGUCUCACCUGCUAUCCUCUUCCGCCUCACCUGCUAUCCUCUUCCGCCUCAUCUUCUAUCCUCUUCCGACUAACCUGCUAUCCUCUUUCGCCUCAUCUGCUAUCCUCUUCCGUUUCACCUGCUAUCUUAGAUUAA